AGCCAAGUCCCUACCAGCAUAGUCGUACAGAAGGUGGAACCAACUGAGGGACCUUACUCAGAACCACCUAUGCUUAUUCAAGAAAAGAAGGAGGAGGAAAUUUUGCCUAUGGCAUUAAACGACCAUAUCCUUAAUUGUGUUGAAGACACACCUCCAGAGGAACCUGUUCUGGAGGAGAUAGAGUCCACUACCUACCCCCAAGAUUCCAAUGUUCAAGAGUCUGAGGAGGAAUCUAUAGACGAAGAAAUACCUAGCAUAGAGGAACCAAUAACGUCUAUAGAUAAUCAUGCUUCAUCAGAAGACUUAGACCAGACUUUCUUUGACUCCCUACUUGACGGGUGUGACUUUGUCUGCCUGAAGGAUAGUUGGAGCCAAAAGAAGCCUACCCCUGAGCUCGAGGGCGCCUGCGAGAAACUUCUCAAGAAUGACCCUGUGACCGAGAAGCCUUACGCCUACGGAGGCUGGGUGUACCUGUUACAAAAUCCGGAUGGGAAUGUAUCUGCUACCCAUGACGCAGAAGAUGACCGGGCCAACUCCCUGGAUGGUCAUGCCGAGGGGAGUUCUCCUCAUCCAGACAUGAACUUCACCUGGUUUGUCAACCUCGACGACGAUGAUGAUGAUGUCCUCCAUGGUGGCCAGUCCCCUACCAACAACCCUCCUUCUCCUCCUCAAAAUCCUGGGAUGGAAGGGGAUUCAACUGCCCGGUGCACUUCCCUUGACGAUCUCAUCCGAUAUAAGAAAGUGAAGUCCCCUUCGGCCACCCAUCUCUUCGAGGAUGACCGGGUUGACUCUCUCCAGGCCCAGGUCGAAUCCAAGUCUAAAGAGGCCAGCCAUUCUUCUUCCCGCGCUAAGGGCCACAAAAGGAAAGGGUCCCAAAAGAGCUCCAAGGGGACCAGGAAGAAGAAGGUCAAGUUAUCAGAUCUGGAGGGGGAGUCCAUCGAAGAAACCUUUCUAGCCUUGGCCAAAAAACUUAGCAAGGAAGUUGGCCGGUCACUCCUGGAGUCAAAAGACCAGGUCUCCGAACUCACUCUCCUUCUUGACUCUGCCAAGUUGGAUAUUAGUAACCGGGCUGGGAGGGAGAAAAGGUUGGAGGAAGAGCAGAUGGCGAAAAGAGCUAGGCUCGAGGAGGAGAGGGCCAGGUUUUCCCUUCUGGGGGAGGAUGGGAAGAGAAAGAUCGCCGAGCUCGAGGAUGCGCUAGGCCAAGCUUAGGAAUCUGCCCGGGCAAAGGAGCAAUCCUUUCCUGAUGACGCUGCAACUUGGGCCGCCUGCCACCACACUGAAGUUUCCCGGUCCAUUCUCACCAAAUCGGAGGACACCAUGGACUUUUUCAAAGUCAUGUAUAAGGAACCAGAAAGAAAGAGAAUGAUAACAG